GUCUCGUGAACGGGCGGCCUGGAUUAUCACAGAAUUAUUUCGAACUCUUUUCUAGGUCGUGCUUCUCUCAGUGCGCAGCGAUGGCGGUGGAAGAGCGCAGCGGUGGCGGCAUCGGGAGCAGGGAGAUUUGGAGCAAUGUGUCGAGGAAGGCCAAGGCGGCAUUUGCAGAUGAUCGGAGCCGCGGGCGCGUCGGCAGCUGGUUUCACAAUCGCGGUCGGGAUCUUGAGACGCGGGAGCAAAAUCUCUGCGAGGAAUUCUCGGCGAGAGCAGGAUUUGAGAGCUCUGCGCCGCCGCUCCAGAAGAAGCUGGAAGCGUUUGCAUCGAGCCUGUCGCAAUUCGGCGGCUCAAUCGGCAAGGCGAUCGAGGAUGGUUUUACUAGAGUAGAAACGAAAGCUUCGAAUCUCAUGUCUAUGAGAAGCCCGUCGCAGAAGCCGCGCAAAGAGGCCGCCGUGUUGCCACUGGAUCCAACUCGCGAAGGAGAAUUUGAGACUUUGGACAUCCAGCAUUCUCGAGAAGUGGUGGUGGAGCAGCAGGAGAUGAAAGCUCUUCGAGAGGAGCUCGAGUUCGCGUUGAGACGCAUCGAGAAGCUGGAAGCGAACAACGAGAAGCUCGAGCAAGAGAACGAGAAGCUGGAGCAAGAGAACGCGAAGCUGAUCGAGAAGCUCAAGCAACAGGCCGAGAUAGCGAUAAUGGCAGAGGAGGACGAUCUGGUGAGAUCGCAAAUGGAGAAACUCCACCAGGAAAAGUCGAGACUGGCGAAGGAGAACGAGAACUUUGCGAUCGAGAUUCGCUGCUUGAGAGGAUUGAUGGAGUUCCAUCAGCUAAGUUUGCAAGAAGUUCGUCUAAACGAGGAGUAAAGAGAACUAGAAUGACGCGAAGAACAAAACCAAAGAAGAAGAAAUAGUAUAAUUGUCCAGGGAUUCGAGCCGCGGACCUGGACGAAUAUCUUUGUACUGUUGGUAUCGAACCUCGGACAGGCUGUGAUUCUCGCAGGCCAGCCUGGUUUUUUGCGCUA